CUCAAAUUCCAUAUUGAUUUAAAAAAAAUAGUUUUUUUAAUUGGUAAAGUGGGUUUUAAAUCUCUAUAUAAAGCUCUCUCACAGGUCAUUUCUUCUCAUCACGCUAGGAUAUUUACAAUCACAAAACUUGCCACCUUUUCCUUCUUAGCUUUCCUAUUACUCUUUUCUCUUUUAUUCUCCUUUAAACCUUCCACUUGAUCAAAUGGCUUCUGUUGAGGUUCAAUCAGCCCCUGCACCAUUGGCAGAAAUUAAAGCAGAGGUCGAGGUGAGCCCCACAAUAGAGGAACCAAAGGUAGAGGAAGCCGCGGCUCCGGCUAGCGCCGAGGCAGAGCCAGUUGCUGAAAAGCCAACUGAAGAAACAACACCAGAAGCCGAAGCCCAGCCGAAAGCAGAGGAAGAGGUUGAGACCAAGGAAGUAGAAACAGAAGAGAAUACAAAAAAGAAAGCAGAAGAGGUAAUAAAGGAGAGAACAGAGGAACCAGUAGCGGCUGAGGAAGUUAAGGGAGAAGAGGCGGUAGCCGUAGAGGAAGAAGCUCCGGCGGCUGAAGCCAAGCCAGAAGAAGAAACACCGGCUGCUCCAGUAGCUGAGGAAGCCGCCAAAGAGGUUGUGGAAGAAGCAGCCACCAGCAAUGAAGUUUCAGUUGAGAAGGCUGCCGAAGAGUGAGGUGAAGAAAUGGGAUGGUUGGUUGGUGGGGUGUUUUAGACUUUUGCAAGUCUUAAUUAAGGAUGGAUUAUGUUAAGAUUUUAUUUUGAUUUUAGUAUUGUUUUUUUUUUCGGAUUUGCUUACUAAUAGUACUACUACUAGUCUACUACUAUGAAUUACAGUGGGGGAUAUAUAAUUUGUAAUGCCUGUCACUGUGGGAUGGGGGUUUGUUUUUAUGAGUUGAAUGUGUCGUCUGGUGCUUUCGCAUUGAAUAAAAAAUCUGUUUGAUCUUUAUUUUCUUUGUUGUGAUGGCUGCCAAGUGUAUGCUUAUUAUCACUACUAAUUGCGUCUUGGAAUUGCUAUAGAGAAUGACAUUCAGCCGGAUCAAGCUACUACAUACAUUCUGCUGUCAAAUUUUGACACCACAAAUUAAACAAAAUGGGGUCAAUCAUCGAUAUACGAAUUAGUAUAUUGUAAUGGUUUCGAAGUUUCAUCAUAAAUAAAAGGUCCAUCUUAU